CAGCAAGAAAAUAGAUGAAUCAGAUGAAAUAUCUUCUCGUUGGCAAGAUUGAUUUUUUAAGAUGCGAAGAGAAACGAAGAUGGACAAACGGGGAACAAGUCGACAAGUCCAGGUCAUGGAGCAGGAGCGGACGCCUAGUCGCACCUGUCGCCUAUUCUUGCUUACCUGAGUAGCGACUUGCGACCAGCCAGCCGCAGCCGCAGAAAAAUUCUCGCCACCAGUUUCGCUGUCCACACGCGCGGAAAUCUGGCGAAUACAUGCCCUGGUAUGGUAUUUGCCUAAUGCCAAAUCACCCAACGACAACUACAGAACCAGCUGCUGAGAUAUUGACAAGCCGCGGCCGGCACGGAGCCAGUGACGUGCGAGCAGCCUCAGCCACACCAAGAAGGCAGUCGUUCAUAUCCACCAUAUCAAGAGAAGAGAGAGUCUGCCAUGGCGGCAUCAUGCUCGCGCUGCAAAGCGCCAGAUGCAAAGUUUGAGCUGCGAAACGUUGCGACUUGCGAGAACUGCUUCAGAGAAUAUGUUGACUCCAAGGUCAUCAAGCGGUUCACUGUACUGCAGCGAGAGACCAGGGCGUCUCCGAAGCCUGAGCCUAGGAGAUACGUUGCUGGCCUUUCCUUUGGACCCUCCUCGACUGCACUCACUCAGAUCCUUGACAAGACUGCGCAAUACCAGGCGUCAAGGAAGGGAUCAUCGCCCUUUGAGCCCCUCGUGGUUCACAUUGACACAGACCUCUCUCACCCCGCCGAUGCGCAUGAUACCCCUGCCCAGAAGCUUCUUGCGAGAUACCGCGAGAAGUUCCCCAACGUCUCACUGGAGUGUGUUCAUUUAAGCAAAGUUCUCAGCGUCAACACAAUUGACUGGACUACGAUACCGAUUCCUGGAGACGGAAGCGAUGUUGAGCGGCUACGGCAAUUCUUUUCGUCGCUCCCUUCGGUGACUUCACGUGCUGACAGUCUAAGGCUGUUCAUUCGCCAUCUUCUCCUUCACGUGGCCCUGGAAAGGUCGUACUCUGCCCUGCUAUUUGGCCAUAGCACCACUGCAUUGGCUAGCCUGACGCUGUCUGAGGUUGCUAACGGCAGAGGCUUUGCGGUUCCUUGGCAGAUUAGCGACGGACUGUUUGCAGUCUGCACCUACCGCCGGACCGCAGAUCCGGCCAGCGCCGGUGAAUCAAGUCAAGAAGAAUCCAAGAUUCAGUUCCCCAUAUAUUACCCCUUACGAGAGAUUCUAAAAAACGAAAUCGUCACAUACCUUAGCACCAUGCCCUCUGUCCAAGAUCUUAUUCCCUCUCCUGACAAGGCAUCGUCAAGCGUCGUUUCUCACAAGGAUCAAAGUAUCGAAGAAGUCAUGGCCCGAUAUUUUGACGGCGUGGAGGGUCCCUACUCGGGUAUAGUGACCAAUGUUGUUCGCACUGCGGGCAAACUGGACAGGCUUGAAACAUCGCAGUAUUGCCGUUUAUGCGGCAUAACCCUGGACGAGGAAGGCGAUUCAACCUGGGCUGGCGAGCUGGGAGACGACCCUGCAGAUAGCUCCCUGACACAGAGCAAGGGGAAGCUGUGUUAUGGAUGCAAGCGUUCUAUGGGGGGAUAGCGAAAGAAGAG